UAGACGGAGUGAUAUUUUUAACUUGACUUUUAAAAAAGUCAGGAUGACAUUCCGCCGCACUUAUAAAAUCAGCCAUGUUUGUAUUGCUUUUUAGAACUGAAAUGACACAGAUGGCAUGAGCUUGUUACCACGGCAGCAGUGAGCUCUGGAGUGUGCCAGACGAGGAGUGAGACCGCUGGAGAUUCCCCAGCGGAUGAAGAGUGCAGUAACUCUCCUUUGUAAAGCUCUCCUUUGGCAGCACUGUCCUCCAGUAUGGGCAAGAACACUGAAUACCAUUAAUGGACAAAGGUGGCCUCUCGCGGUCUCACGGACUCAUUACAUCUCCCAAUCAUGUCCAGGUUUGCUGGAGGAGAUGAUCUGACGAUGACCUGCUCAGCCUGAGAAAACCAGAGUGACAGAAGAAAGAGGCACGGUGCAUGGAGAAGACACAAACUGCAGACGGAAGGAGCGAAGGCAGCAGUCACACACUGCAGAUGGAAGAAGUGAAGGCAACAGUCAGAAACUGCAGACAGAAGGAGUAAAGGCAGCAGUCAGAAUCGCAGCCCUGGAGGUCUGAGAUUCCAGACACUCAGUGUACAUCCAAGGCAGCGGCUCCAGGCUUCUGUACCUCUGCACAGUGCUUUACGGAUACACAGGGCCAGGAGGGAGCUCUGUUACUGUAAAGAAAACCACAGCAAAGAGAUGAAAGCACUGGGAAGACUCUCCAAGCCAUCUAGGACACCAGAAGACUGUUAAUAAGUCAGAUACAAGAAGGUGUGGUGGACUUUGCACAGCCAAAAAGUGCAUCAAAAGAGUUUUGAUCCCAGCAUCAAGGCAGAGACCAGAAGGUAGUGCAGAGAGGAAGCACGAUGCCUCUGGAUGUCUUUGUGGUUCUCCAAGCCCACAGGCAGCAGAACUAGAAACGCCUGCCCACCACGCCUAUACGAUGACGGGAGAGUCUCAGCAUGCUUUUGCUAUUAAAGAAUCAGACACUGGUUCCAAAGAGCAGGAUAAGGGCCUCUUGCUUGACCACUUCAGUGAAAAAGCAAAAACCAAAUCAGUGGAGAAUUACAAGAGUGAGAGUCUUGUUCUGUUGGCUAACAGCGGGGGCAAGUUUGUGACCAAGGAGAAGGAGUACCCACAGCGCGAGGCCGUGAUACGGCCUCAGCAGACCGGCAAAAUCGACUUUAAGUCCUUGCAGAAUCGACCAAAGUUCCCCAGCAAUGACCGGACGUGGUCCAACAGCAAGACCAGUCCCCAAUCUCCAACUGGGAAAAAAACUCGAGACAAGGGCAAGAAGUCUGUGAAGUCCGAGCGCAGCAACCCCCAGCAGUUAUACAGGCUGGGCUUAACAAACUGCCGUUCCAAUCCCACGAUCGGGAUUGCGUAUCCACAGCAGAAGGUCACACCCCCCAAGAAGCUUGAGGUCAGUCGGGGCCCCAUCUCGGGCAGCUACAGCUUCCAUGUGCCCAGCAUUCCUGAGCGUCCUGAAGCAGGGCUGCAGCAGCAGGAACUCAGCUACACUCGCUGUUUUCAGGAAUCCUCCUCAAGUUUCACCUCCACCAACUAUACCUCACAGGCAUCAAGUGCGGCGGCAAGUGUGCCAGUCAGCCACCAUCCAGCCAGCACUCAGCACCUUGGCCUUCUGCAGGGCAGCAGCGUGCCACCAGGUGGACAGCUGCACCCAGCAGAAUUUAAUGGGACGAGUUCUUGGCAGCCUUCAGAGAAGACUUUUAAUGGUGCUAAUUAUGGAGGUACCUCACAGAAACUACGUGUUUUUACAGAAGGAAAUAAAACAAAUACCAGUUUUGUGCCUUUGCCAUUUCAGUAUGAAUAUCCAUCACUGCCGGAGUCAGCCACUGACUCCUUCCCCUGCGACCAGAGCACCCACCCUGUGCACUACAUUGACAUUUCUGUUUCAAACACACAGAUGAGUCAAAACCCAUUUGUUCAUUCAGCAGAGGAUAGGCAAAAGGAUGCACAGAUUUCUAGACAAUUUGAUCUUGAGCAACCUGAGGGCAGAUUAUCUUACCCCCAGCCCCUUCCACCUCCCCAGCAGCCCCAGUACCUGCAGGCCCAGCAUGGGACACAGCCCUCCUUGCAUUGUUAUAAGGGUAGGAUUGAGCACUCUGAUAGUGAGGCCUUAAUCUCAAGUUCUAGCCAGUUAGAACAAACCACCAGCAAUCUGACUGACAAUUCAACCACUUUCCGAGACAACCCAGGUGUGGCUCUAGUCUCAGUCAACAAAAGUCUCUGUCCCUCUAAAGACACAAACCCGAGACAGCUAGCUGAAGAAAACAGCCAUCGUGUUCGAAACAUGGCUCAAGAUCACGACUCCCAAAUGCACUCCGCAAGCAAACCUUGCAGCAGCUCUUUGAACAAUACCAUCCACAUUGGAUCAGCGCCCAUGUUAUGUGGGGCUGAUAAGAGCAUCAGCAGGUUGUCACAGACCUGGGGAGGGGAUAAGAAGGUGUUUUCCUCUCUAGACCAGAAUUCUGCAGCUUUUCACUCCAACCUAAGUGACAAGAGUCAGUUUCAGUGCCAGUCAGCUACACAGCAAGGACACAAAAACAGGCGGAUGCCAUGGCAGCCGGUACACUUGACAUCCGCCAUGCCAAACCAAAACAGGAUCGAGCUGUCGAGGCAGCUGAGCAAUCAAAAGGUCACUUUCCUGGCGGCGGCGUCAGAAUGGCAGGAUGAACCAAACAGGAGUCUAAUGCUGAACAGCCCCGACAGCUUCCAUGGCAAAGGACCCAGUGAAAACUUUACAGAUCAGCAGGAGAGCAUCAAGCAAAACUGUAACCCUACACCUGUAUUUCCAUACAGUGGUGCUGAGGCAAUCACUUCUCAAGUCUGUGACGCUAGGGGCAAACCUCUUUAUUUUGGCCAAAAACAGUCUUUGCCCAGGGCAAUGCCCAGAGCUAGCCAUACACUGUUGCAGGUUCCACCUGUGGGUUUGUCCCCUUCUGAUUCCCCACUACCCUCUCCAAUGCAAAAUGCUCCUUCCAGCAGCACCUGCUCCUCCCUCUCUCCAGCUUCUACCAGCCCUGUCAUCAGCUCUGAGGAUAACCAAUUUACCACAACUGGGCCGCUCCCUCAGUUUUAUCACCAACAUCAAGGGAAGAUGCUGACGCCAUCAGAUCAUCUGAACUCAGACCUUCAGCAUUUCCAUAGUAACAUCUCUAGAACUGCACUGAACCCUUCAGAGAGAACCAAGGAAGACACACUGAGCAAUCUGCAUAAUAUUAAAUAUAAAGCCAGCAUUGAUAGUGCAGGGGAACAGCAGCCCCCUCCUUCAUAUUCAGCACACCAGCUUCUUGCUAGCUCUUUGGUCACUAACCUUGACCAGCUGGAUGUUCUUCUUACAUGCAAACAAUGUGACCAGAAUUUCAGCAACCUGACUUCUUUCCUUGAUCAUAAGCAAUACUGUCACACAUUGAUCCAGAAAAAUGAAUUUAAAAAUGAGCCAAACGAUCCCAGAAAAUACCAGAAUGAUUCUGCAAAGAGCACUAUGUCUGGUACAGCUUCCUCUCUGUCAAGGUAUCCAUCUGAUAUGCAUUUGUCCCUGUUGGGGUUGAAUAAAAAUGGAGAACUAAUGUCUGACAGUGAGAUCAAAGGAGAAUCAAAAGAUGAUCCUUCUAAACUAAGCUUGUUUGCUGUAACUAACAGUCUUCCCGUUUCCCUUCCUGAUUUGGAGAUGGAUGAUGCUAAACUAGACAGCCUUAUCACAGAAGCAUUAAAUGGAUUGGGUUACCAGUCAGAUAAUGCAGAAAUUGACAGUAGCUUCAUCGAUGCUUUUGCCGAUGAUGAACCUAUGACGGCUAAAGUUACAGGAAGCAUGCAAAUGGUAAAAAGCAAAGACUGUGUUAUGUUUGACAGCAAAAGCAAACAUUUAAACUGUACAGAAGAGAAAUCUCAGACACAAGGGAGAUAUUUAUAUGACUCUGACAGGGAAUCAUUAAAUAAAAGCAAAAAAAGAGCAAGCAUGCUUGAAAAGACACUGCAGGACAUUGAACAAGAGGAAAAUACUAACAUCAAAGAAACGAUCCCGCGUUACAAAGCAAGAGGUUCUUCAUCUGAGAUGUCAAUUGAAAAAUUUGAAAUAAGGAAAGAAAAAGGAAAUUCUGGAGACAAAGGUAGAGAAGAAAAUAAGAAAAACUCUCGACUAUUGGUAUCUAGCAGGUUCACAGAAAGAACCAAAGUAAAACGCUUCCAGGAAAGUUACUCUUCUAUAACAUCAACCAUUCCUGAAGCCUCUUGUAGUACUCCGCAUUCUGUAUCACAGAAAACUGGAGUAAAGUACAGUAAGAAGAGGAAGGCAGGAGGUGGGACCUGGAGCAAAGAACUAAUUCACAAAAUAGUACAACAGAAGAACAAGCUUCAUGCUAAAGGAACUAAAAACCAGCAAUUUUCCUUGGUGAUGGAGAAGAUCUCUCCAGUAGCACAGAAUCCAAAGUUUGAGGAGUAUGACUAUGUGUCAGAUUCAGAUGAAGACUAUGGGCCCCUAAAAAUAGUACAUCAAGGGCGCCUAGGACAUAGUCGACACUACAAGUACACCUAUUCUAAGGAAUACCAAAGCCACGAGCAGAGAAACAAAGCUAAUUCAAUUCCAUGGAACUGUGAAUCCAAAGAGAGUCUGGAAGUUAAGGUCGCAGAGAACAUUUCUCCAACAACGACAAAACAGAUUGCCACCUGCAGGGUUCGGAGGAGGAGGAGCAGCAGGUCGUCCACAAGCAGCGAACACAGCACACCAACUAGCAUAUCCUGUGAGAGUGUCUACAGCCCCAAGAACACAGAUCGCACAGACUCAGACAGCGAGAAGGGGCUGGCGAUGAAAAACAUUAGCUCCAGCAAUGUCGUACUCAUGGAUUAUUUUGUACAUGAUGUGUAUGAGACAUCAACAGUGGAAACCUGCAAAGAGCCCAGCAAAUCAUCCCAGCUUUUCUCUAGAAACACUAAGCGGUAUGGCUCUGCUAAGUUUCUCCUCUCUGCUAACAUAAACUCAUGCAGGAUAGGUAUGGAAAGUGCUUCAGAACUGAGCAACACCAGCACUGUCAGCAAAAGUCUUACGAGAUACAGCAGUACAGGAGUGUCUUCACAGGAGAAGGAGCAACCAUGCAGCGCUAAUGCAUUAAGCAUUGCACAAAGUGCUGAACAAUGUUCAAGCAGUAGACUAGAUGACACAAAGUUUAAUGAGCCAUUUAAACUCACCAUAAAUGAUUCUCCUGGAGCCCACCCCGAAUUACUGCCAAUAGAAGUAACACCAGACACUGACAGUACAAAUUCUGUAACUAUUAGUGGGAGAUCCAAAAAUGGCGUCUUGGAGAGGGAGGAGUUAGAAUAUAAAAAAAGUGCUGGAACAAUUUCCAAUUCCUAUAAAGAUCUGCUGUCAAGCGCUGAGACUCCAGCUAUUCCUGCCAAUAAUCACAUGAGUAGCUUUGAUCAUCAUGUGGACCAUAAAAGCACUAUGAUUUGCAUUUCACCUGUGGAUGAGGUACAUCAUUGUCCUUCAGACUUGCAGGAUCCUGUAGUGCCAAAGGAAAUGACCAUGCCUGACCUCAUAGAAGCAGAUCAGGGCUUGAUCAAAUCACCGCUCCCAUUUGACACAUCAUCGUUGUUUGCAGACCUUACAGUGUCAGGGUUUGACAGUAGCCUCUACACAGAUAUUCCCAUGAGUAAUGACAGUUUUAAUGCCUUUGGUCCCAGAAAUGACAAGAAGGAGCUGUUUGAAUCAACCUUCUCUCCAAAGGACUGGGGCGUGAUGACUGAUGUCACACCUGCACUACGAUCUGAAAAUCCUCAAUUCAAAGACCUUUCUGAAAAGACAACCUUUAAAAAAAAUGACUCUUGUCACCUUGACCUGAAUUUGCCAGACAAAAUAUUAGAUUAUAGCAGCAAUCCCAACAGCAAUAUCUCAGAAGAUGAGCUAGAGAUUAAAAAAAUUGUAACAGAACUAGAAAACAAGCUCCAAACUGCCAAAGACAACAGUUCCCUUAUGAAUGCCAGUGAAGUCUCCAGGCAGCUAGGCCUAAGCCAGACCUCUGCUUUGCAUCUGGAUAAUGAAGCUGACAAUGAGCCAAGUGCCACACAAGUCACAAAAACUGCAGUGAGUAAAAUGGAGACAGCCAACACCCCAUCGGAUUCCAAUUUGAUUGAUAAAUACGUCGAAACAGAUUCUUCUUGGUCAAGUUCAUUUACCUUUGGUUUAUUGGCGGAACACCAACCUGUUCACACUUCAGUCCAUGAUCACAGUACUAUUGAACCUUCCUGUGUAAAGAAACACACUAAAAGUGGUUCGGCAGCUGAUAGUGGAAACCUACAGUCAAAUUUAAAGCAUGUAACAGAGGACAGUGAUGCGAUCAAUGAAUCUUUCACAGACAAAUCCGAGGCAGCGGUAGACAAUGAAACGUACGAUGACAACCUCAUGCAGUGCCUGGAAGUGAUUUCUGAUACUGUCCUUAAAAAACCUGGCUUAACUGCUGGAUUGGAGGAGUCAAAACUCUCCCAAUUUCUAAACCCAGAACUGCCAUGUGAUAAUGACAGAGCUGCUGAAGACCACAGUGAAGCGCAGCCAACCCAGAGAGAGACAUUUGAGAUUCAGAGAUCUCAAAAGUCUGAGCUUGCACUUUUUCCGAAUGACAACACUAAUGACUGCCCACUGGUAGAUGAGAGUGUGAUAUUGCCAAAACCAAGAGAAACUAAGGCUGGAAGCAAAACAUUUGAAUUAGGGUCAAAUGAGAGCAAGGACAUGACAGUCAAACAAGAUCUUACUGGUUCUGACAACAGCCAAAUAAAAAUAAAUUCAUUUAAUGUAUCUGAAUCACAAGGAAAUGUUAUAGAAGAAAAGAUAAGAAAUGACAGGAUUACUAAGCCUGUAGUUGUAGAAGGCCUUCAGUUACAGGAAGACAGUACAGGUGCCCUCAGAGAGAGAGAUUCUGCAUCUCAACAACAGCAGUUUCUCCAGUCCAGUAAUAUGGAGGGCAACGAGGAGAAGCCGAUUUUGCACGCCAGUCGCACAAUGCUGCUUGUCAGCUUGCCCAACACUGAUCAAUUUGAGGAGGAGAAAUACCCAAAAAUCCCUCACCACAAAAAGAGUAAAGCAGAAGCCACAGACAACCUCGAUUGCAGUCUGGUUCCCUCAGGAUUUGACACACUAUCAGGUGGAUCUACAGAGAGUGGUCUUGUUGCCUGUCACCUGCUGGAGACCAGCUCAACGGACAAACUUAAGCAAGCAUCAGUCCGUGGGGAGCCAUGCAAAUUUCCCCCAUCCACUCCAGAGUUCCCAGUGAAAGGGAUCACUGAUUGCCACUCACCAGAGUCAGAUAUGGAGCUUACAGAUCAUAAACAGCCUAUGUCUACACUUGCAGAGCACAACCUAGUGAAGAAUCCACUUGGUGUUCCUGAUUUUGAAGAUACCUGCAAACCUGAGUAUGGAGACAUUCCCAAACAAGUUCUUGCUGAUUUAAUAACUUCUCCUCUGCAUGGUGGAUGCACCAACGUUACAUUAGAGAACGGCGAAAGCUGCAUUUCACAUGGAAAUAGCACUGCAUCUACAUUCUCUGCACGAAACCCUGUGCUUCAUUCUAUUGGGGAAAUUGGUGAUAAGUGCAACUCUCAGAGGUUGUGGAAUAAUUUUGAAGCACUGUCACCAAUUAGCAAAGACUUUGAUGUAAAUGCCAGUGAAAUGGAGACGUGCAGCUCAGCACAGGCCCCGAUUUCUGGGAUGUCAGAUUUAUUAGCUGGGCUGCCUCAUGUGGACUUGGGGAUGGGUGAGAACAAACCUUCUGAGUGUGGAGCCUGCAUUCCAUCAGACCUCCCACUAAUCUCCACGUAUGAACAGUCUGAUUGCCUGAUAGUUCGUAAGGAGACUCUAGAGACAGACAGGCCAAACGAGCAACCACAGUAUCAGUUAAAACAAACUUCAUUAGAUUUCAAAGAAAUGUCAGAGUUGUCACAGCACCUUGAACAAUGCAGCACUGUCUCUUCUUGUGCCUUAACUGAAAACAUGGAAAGCCAGACCGUCUGCGAGAAAAGUAAUAAAGACAGCUCUGAUCGCUGGGAACUUAGUCUUAACCUGCCCCUGACUUACAGCAGUCCUUUAAAUCCAGUAAGCCCACUGCAAGGGGACAAAGACUCACUGAAUUUUCCUGCAGUUAUGCAUACUGUAGGGGGACUUUGCUCUCUUAAUACAUCUUUGCAAAAUAAGUGUAAAUCAAAGUGUACAACAGCAUCUUGCCCUCAGUGCAAGAAAAGCUGUUCUCCUUCCAUUAAUAAUGAAAUGCUGGAGCUUCCAACUACAGAUGUGGACCUUUGUCAGCCUCAUCUUGAAACCAUUGCUUAUAUGGAUUUGCACGGUAGUCUGCUAAGAAAAGCAGAGGUGGAGAAAGUCAACCUGGACUUACCCCUUUCUGAGUCUGAUGUUUCUGCAACAGGGCAGAUGGCAUCUGAUGAUCAAGGACCUCUUGAACCCAUUUUAAUGUGUGCCGGAGAAGCUGCUGGGAACUCGCAACAAAGUGAAUCUCUCAUGGCAAAAGGAAGCCAGUGUGAGAUGAACCAAAAAGAGACAAAGGCACAUUCUCAAGAUUCUGGCAACAAAUUCACAUAUUCAAAAAAGAGCAGCAAACAAGGAACAAUACUGUGUGAGAUUUGCUGUGCGUGUUUCCGAACAAUUCCAGGCCUGAAACGACAUAAAGCCUCGAAACACGCCACCAAAUCGAAUGGGAAUACAGUCUCGGAAAGCAUGGCCUUAAAUCCUUCUAAAGGUGUGACUGUUAGCACAAAGCAAUUAGAAACAGGCCACAGAGGUGACCCUCCAUGCGUUGAUUAUCAUAACACUUUAAAUGUGAAACCACUGGAAAGCUGCAUCAUGCUGCCAUCUGUGGGAAUUCUAUCAACAAACAGAGUCAGUAUGGAAAAGAAUAAUUCAAACUUUGGAGGAACUGAAAGUGAAAAAGUUCACCCACCGACAGCAGAAGGCAAAGAAACACAGGCAGCUCCUCAUGCAAUGGGUACAUUUUCAAAAGGUUCUGAAAUACUGAAAAACAGAAGGAUUGAUAACAACAGCAGUUUUACAAGUAAAGAUAAAGGAAAUCCAGACCAGUUUAAUGAUGAGCUCCUCAAUAUACUCAAAACUGAUAUUUUACAGGCUAUUACCCCUAACUUUCCCACUGCACCUCAGGGGUUACGUCGAAAACAGCCUGAAGACCAAGAGAACCUUAACCAAGCUGAUGACAUUCAAAUGUCGAUACCUGGAAGCCUUAAAUUUAAAUUGACCAGUGAUGCUAAAGAAAUUGAUGCAGCUUGUUCAGGGAACUCUAAUCAGAAUGAAACAGUGAGUGAAUGGGAAAGGAGUGCAGGACCAAAAGAGAUGAACAACACAGAAAGUAACAAAAUUAGUAUAAGUGAGAAGCCUAAGAAUAUCUUUUCUGACAUCAAAGAUGUAUGUGAGCAAAAGCUGAUUUGUUCUGAGAAAGACACUGGCACAGAGACAAUAGGAGAAGGUCCGGUUGAGAUUAAAUGUGAGAAAAGCACUUGCCUAACAGAUGAGGCAGAUAACCACUCCCUUUGUUUUAAAAAUCCAUCAACAAAUACUCCACAGCCAAGCCUUGGCCUUGAGGCCUUACUUGAUGAUGAAAGAACCUUCUCACAGUUGUUCCCCAGAGAUGAAGCAAUAAUUAGAAAGAAAUGUACAAGGGUUUAUGGCAAGAAAAACAAAAAGCAGAAGAUCGAACCUAAUCUUCCCUUGGUGGAGGCUCAUCUUGACUCCAACAUAGCCUUAGGUAAUGAAAAGCAACUUUCAGAGAGCGACAGCAAUCAGGCUUUACUUCAGUUGGGAGACAGCUGCAAGUAUGAGACUAUAUCAAUGGAUCAUGCCAUAAUGCUAGACAUGUGUCACAAAAGCACUUUAAAAAAUGAUUUUGAGAAAACUGUCUACAGCGCUGAAAAUUUGGAAGACCACAAUAGACGUAACGUUGAAAACAAUGAGGAUUUAGGUGUUGGAGAUUUCCCAAAAGACUGCAAGACAGGGCAGGACUGGAAUGACUCCAAAACCGACAUUGUUUCAGGAAGUUCAUCAUCCGACACUCAAAUGGCAUUUAAGUCUGAGGAUUCAGUCGCUAACUUCCCCGCACAAUUCACAGAUUCAUCAAGCACACUUUCUAAUGACUUACAGGACAGCUCAUCCCUCUUCCCUAGCAUAGACCUCCAGAACCUUAACAGUACAUUUCAGCUUCCUGAAUUGCCAUUGUAUGACUCCAGUAACAAUUUGCCAUUGGUGAUGCCCAUUAGUAAUGACAGUGUUGAUGACAGUCACAGCAUAAAGUCUACCAAGAAGCCCACCGAACGCAGGGGGAGGAAACGCAAUGAGGGGGCACUGAAACUCCGGGACAAACAGUACAAAUGCAAGGUGUGCUUCACCUGGUUCCUCACCCUGGGGGAGCUCAAUUUCCACAAGCUCUCACACAACCCCUCACCACCCCCCACCUGUUAUAUGUGUGUCCAGCGCAAGUUUAGCUCCCGUGAGCAGCUGAGGGACCACCUGAGGGAGAAGCAUGCCAAAAACAAGGCAGGCAUCUGGACCUGUGGCAUGUGUCUAAAAGAGAUUUCAGAUGUGUGGAUGUAUAACGAACAUCUCAGAGAGCAUGCCACACAGUUUGCCCGGAAGGGCCAAACGCAGAAUUCCAUUCUAGGACUGCCAGGCUGCUUCAUGCAGGAGGCUGCGGUGAAAAGCUUCAUCACGUCAAUUAUGCAGCACAGACCCAACAGGGCGAGCAAAGGAGAAAAGAGCAAAGGAUCUCCCAAAGAAGAUGGGAAGACAAUCAAUCUAGAACAGAAACCAAAGACAACAGAAGGAGAUGAAACAGCAGAGCUUAGCAUGAAAGGGCCCACAAACAGUAGUGGAAAGCAGAGCACACCCUCACCACUAAAAGCUCAGCAAAAAGCGGACACCUCCCAGAAGAAUCUGGAGAUGCAUCCCAAUUGUAAAGAUCCCUCUAGAGAUUGCCACCACUGUGGCAAGCAGUUUCCCAAGCCCUUCAAGCUGCAGCGGCACUUGGUGGUUCACAGUUUACAGAAGAUUUUUCUGUGUCACAAAUGUCCCAUUUUCUAUCAGGAGGCAAAAGAAUUAAAGGACCAUCUCAGGAAUGAACACGAGGAAGUGGAAGAACCGGACUCCAAGCACACCACGUUGUACACCUGUGAGCUUUGUGCGGAUGUCAUGCAUGUCAUUAAGAAGUCCUUCAUCUGUAGCACUUGUAACUACACCUUCUCUAAGAAAGAGCAAUUCGACCGGCAUAUGGAAAAGCACCUGACUGAGGGAAAUCAUAUCCUCAGGUUUAGAGGGGGGGUGAGGCCCAGUAAGCCUCUUUCUUCUUAUGCAAAAAAUGGAGAGUUUGAUCUCCCACCCAGCAAGAAGAGAAAAAUUAAGGACACCUUGCUCGAGACCAGUUCUGACAGCAAUCUGGGAAGCAUUUCCUCCUUGCAGUUCAUGCAAAGUGGAGAGUCACAGGCACUGAAACCCAGCCUCAUUCCACCAUCACACUUAACUACUGGUGACUCGUCUUCUGGGCACAAGGACACCAGCAUAAAAAAGGAAGACACUGUAGAAGACUUCUCAGAAAUGAUGUCUACCUUUGACAGAUCACAGCAUUUUAUGAUUCCAAAAUCUGGGUGUCUUCCUCCAUCAGCACCAAAAUCACAGACGACCGCAUUGGAGACCUGUGACACUGGUGAGGAAUCGCCUACAAAAGACAUUAAUUUAAAGCAUGUGACUUGCAGCCAAAGUGAGAAACAGAUAACCAUGUUAGCUGUGAAAGACUGCAGUGCCGCUAAGGGUGAGUCAGAGAUUAACAGUACAGAAAAGAAGCCGAUGGCUGGUGACAGUCCUUCAAUUAGUAAGGUCGAUUUAUUUGAGGACAGUGCCAUUGUCAAUGCGACACAUUCAGUUGAGGAUGUUGCUUCCACUAAGGGAAUGCAGUCAGUUAAUACUAUCAUUGUAUUUAAUGCUACAAAUUCACCUGAGGACUCAGUCACUACAGUGGAGAAGUUGUCUUCAGCUCAAUGCACUAAAGAAGUGUUGAUUGAUGAGUGUUCAAGCCUGACACCAGAAGUUCAAAAUUUGGUUAAAGAUGGUCCACCAGCAGACACUAAGCAGAAAUCCGUGGCAGACAAAAUGGUUGUGGAGAAUCUGCGACAACCUUCUGACCACAAGCAAAAAAAUGAAAAUGACCCAGAAGACCCAACAGCUGUGACAGGCAGCAGCGCUGGACAAGAAGGUGACAUCCUAGUGAAAGAGAACAGUCUAUCCAAGCAGAUUGAAACCACAAAGCAGAGCCCUGACUCUAGUCCAAGGAGAACUACAGAGUCUUUGACAAAUAAAAUCAAGCAAAAAAAACGGAAAGAUCCAAAGACCUUCCUGAGCUCCAAAGGAUCCACCCCGGUCACACGAGAGAACCUGGAUAUGGAUUUUAGGAACAUAAAAAAGGUUCGACUCCAGAGUCCCAGCAAAGGUGAAGGUGUGAUUGGCUACAAGAAUGCUAACGCUGCUGCUGAUUAUCCCAUGCUUUCCUCUGUGAAGGAUGACAUCACUAGUAACAAAAUAUUUCUCAAACAUAAAGCUGGGCUGCUGAACUCCCAAACCAAGAAAGCCCCCUUUAGCAGCUACCCUCUAAAAAAAGCAGAGAAUACACGACAAGUAAAUGGGGAUCAUAAGGGUAAAAAAAGUGCCCCUGUAAGACCGCUGCCACCUUCUAGGACAUCCAUGUCCUCUGUGAAUAGUCCCCUGAGCAAGUGUAAGUCCCUGUCUGGCAUGAGGUCCGUGGAGCCACAGUCCUACAGGACAGCGGAGUCGCAGAGCCACCUCCUGAGCCAACUGUUUGGCCAAAAACUCACCAGCUUUAAAAUUCCUUUAAGGAAAGACACUUCUGAACCGCUGAAUUAGGCAGAUUUGUGUGCAUGCUUUGAGAAAUAAUGAAAAACAACUUCAAAGUGUUGAAACAUGCGGAGUCAUUCCUUUGUAAAAGUCGCAUGGCUCGAUAAGUGUUCUGGUGUUGUCAGUCCUUGCAUAAAAAAAGGCUGAUCUAUGAGGAACAUGAGCAGACCGGAAGUGACAGUUUGAUCGAACCCAGUGGCACAAGGGCAGAGCAUAUCUGUGAAAUAACUUAAUGCAUUCCACAGCUUAACACAUCAUGAUCUAUCUCACUGGGUCCCCUUUGUAUAUAUCAAAAAAAUGAGAUAUUAAAAUCACAAGAAUACUUGAAAAUAUUUUUUUUCCUUUAAAAAAAAUGCAUGACAGUUUUGCAUUUAAUAAAAAGAUUCUUGGAUAUUAUGAAGUUACGAAUUUUCAGCACAAGACCAAAAGAUGUCCGCAGAAACAUCUAGGCUAUAUCAGUGCACCUUCCUGAUAACACUUUAUAUAUCCUCUAUCUUACUGUAUUUAGGUGACAUUCAAACAUUGUACUAGCUUUUAUAUAAACAAUACCUGGUGCUAUAUUUUUAUUCUUUAAUAAAAUGUGAAUAUAAAUGCUUUUUAAAAAAGGAUUAAUAUGUAACAAUUACCUUUAUCCAGCUGAUUCUGCUGGUGCUAUCGACAUCAGAAGACAAUGAGGAAAAUGUGUACGUAUUCUUUAACAAAGUUUUUUUCUAAAAAAGGGAAAUAAUUAAAGUCUUCAGUAUUGAAACUCAGGUGCAAACAACCAUUGAUAUGUUACUCAAACUGCCCAUUUUAGGAUCCCUUCCUAUGCACUGAUGCUGCCACAAGCAACCAAACAACAAACAAACAAAAUCAUAAAACAACAAUGCGUCUGUCCUUCCGUUUUGUUUGCUAGGUUAAAAGGUGCUUUAUUAUUGUGUUCAUAUGUAUCUUAUAUUGUGUAUGAUAUUGUAAGUAGUUUACUUCCAGUGCAAUGCAUAAUGUCAAAGUUUUAUUUUGAUAAUGUACAACAGGAAAAAGGGAAUGGAAACUUGACUUGCAAUUCAUUGGUUAAGAUUUAAGUGCUACAAAGUGCCUUUAUAAAAUUAUUAAAAUAUUAAAAUUGCAUCUCUCUAA